AUGUCAUAAAUAUAAAGCAUUAAUCUUGAUUAGGGAAUCAAAGAGAGUCAAAAGGGAAUUCUAAACGAUAAAUUUAAAAGAAAAAUUCAAUUUCUUUAAUUAGUACUUUGUUAAAACUAGACAAUAAAAACUGCAGCAACUUUAAGUAAAAUUAAUUUUGCCACAGCAAAAGUAGUGCUCAGAAAUUUUCGUAAUUGUGGAUUCAUAAAAAAUUCUGAUAAAGGUAUGGAUGACAUAUUUAUAUUAGAUUAUGAAAAGUAAAUUGAUAUGUUACGAUAGAUUGCUUGUAUAAAAUCUGAGAUCAAAUAAGAGAAGAUAUAAAAACGAGAACAAGAAUUUAAAAUACUUUGUUAGAAAAUAAAAACUAUACAACCAUCCACAGUGAAUAAUGUAAUUUAAAGUUAAAUGAAGAUUAAAUCUCAAAUUAGAGUCUUCUAAGAAGAACUUUAAAAUUAAGAAUAAAUAUAAUUACAAUUAGUGAAGUCCAUUCUUUUAGAAUAAAUAAAAUUAAUGAAAUCUAAUUGA